AUGGCGGAGAACGAUCUUGCUGCGUUCAGGGAACGUUGGAAACGAGAGCUAAGUAGUAAUUUAACAGGAGUCGCUUCCUCCUCCCGGGAUGUUCCUGAUCAGUCAGGCCGGAGAGACUUGAAAAAUACAGACGAGCCUUUAAAGCCAGAGAGAGGUGAGACGGGUGUUGGAGGGAAAGCGGACUCGGAGACAGAGGAUCAGCCUGAGUAUGUGUCCAUCGCACGCAGUCUGCUGGAUGGGAGGACCAGUCCCCUGCUGGAUAGGAUUGAGGAGGAGAGAACCAAGAGGAAGAGGCUGUAUCAGAACAUGACCAAUGCCUGCAGCGCAUCCCUGCAGCAGCAGAGGAAGGUGAAGAAAGUGAAGGAGGAGGAGCUGGUGGAUCAACUCAUUCAGGAUCUGAAUGAAGUCAACGACAUUCCCUUCUUUGACAUCGAGUUGCCUUACGAGUUAGCCCUGAAGAUUUUCCAGUAUCUCAACUGCGCUGAACUCGGCCGCUGUGCCCAGGUGAGCAGGGUGUGGAGAGUCCUUGCAGAGGAUGAUGUUCUGUGGUUCAGGAUGUGCCAGAGGGAGGGGUACUAUCAGAAUUUCAAGGUGUCCGACUCCCCCUGCUGGAAGAGCACCCUGCGGGACUGCAGGAACUCUGCUAAAACUGUUCGCUCCAACUGGAAGAAUCGAGUGGGCUCCAUCAGACAGCUGCAGUUUGAGCUGGGGAAGGUGUUGUGUGACGUCAGCUCCUGUGACAGCUUUGUUUUGGCUGGGUACACGUCGGGUGAUGUGAGGCUUUGGGACACGCUGCAUUGGGACUCGUCAGCCUCUUACCUCAAAACUAACAGUCUGUCAGCUAACACCAGCCCCAGACCACAUGUUAGUCAUGUCCAGGUCAACAACACGGUGGCUGCUGCUGCGUAUGAAGAUGGUUGCAUAGACCUGUGGAGCACAGAGACAGGUGGGGCACCCAUCCAUCACUACCAGAGGCCAGGGAGAGUCCAGGCUUUGGCUCUGAGUCCAGACUGUCCUGUCCUGGUGUCCGCCAGCGGAUCAGACAUUCGGCUCGACAGUGCCAACGACUGCGGCUACUGGAAGACCGUCUGCCAGACUCAACUACCCAAAACUGUCGAGAGCCUUAUUUUGGUUCCAGACAGAGCAGAUCAGUCACCACUGGUGGUUCUAGCAGCAGGAGAAGACGUCUGUUUGUUGAACCCUCGAGAGGAGCAGCCACAGACGCUCCACUCCGUUUACGGUCAUCCCGUUACCUGCCUGGACGCCUCCAACUCUCUUGCUGCUUUCGGGGUGAAGCGCACAGGCUGGGCCAUGCAUGAUGGAGGCAACAAGAUUCAUGUUUACAGCCUGGAGACGAGCAAACCAACGAUUUGUGUCGGCAGCUCGCCGGGAGAUUUCACCUGCCUCAACCUGAGAGACAGCCCCCCUCAUCUGCUGGUGUGUGGGAACAGAGACAGAAGAGUGAGGGUGUUCGACCUGCGAACCGGCUCCUCCGUGUUGUCCCUGUACGCCCACCACCUGGGCGUCACCUCAGUUCAGGUGGACGACUGGAAGAUAGUGAGCGGCGGAGGCGAGGGACUGGUGUGUGUGUGGGAGACCAGGAUGGGAGCUAAGCUGUGGGAAAUGCACAACAGGCAUCCUGUAAGACAUGUCCGCUUCAACACCAGCACGCUGCUAACAGCCAACAUCCCCGAUGACAAGUCGCCACGAGGAGCCUGCAUCACAGAUGAUGACCUCACAGCUCAUCGCAGACACAGAGGAGUCAUCUGCCAUUACGACUUUUCAGAGGACACGCUGUCACAGGAUCAUGUCUUACCCAUCUGCAGGUCUGACUACACCGAAUCAUACGGCUACAACUACAACAUUAACCUGGCGAUGCCCUACGACAGGCUGGCUGGCUCACAUCCAUCUCACUGAUGUGCAGUUUUCAACAGAGCAAAUAUAACCCUGAUUAGGUAACUGAACGGACACAAUGAACAGUUAGAUUCUUCAUAUGCCUAUUUUUUUGUUUCUUUUUAUUAUUCUUGUCAAAAUAAGGCUUUUAAAUGUUUAAGUGCUUAAAUGUAGCCCAAAGUGUUGAACUCCCUAAGAUCCCACACUUGUACAACUUUACUGUCUUUAUUUUAAAAUAUGUUUUACACCCAAAAUUGACA